AUGGAGUUUAAACUACCAUACCAGAUGAAAGACAAUGUUACUGUCUUGCAGGGCCCUACUGUUAUAUGGAGCCAUGAAGGUGUUGUCUUUUACAUUUCCCUGUAAGCAGGUGAAGUUAGUCAAAUGCCUACCAAGCUCUCUCUGAACUUUAUUGGUGAGGAUCCCCUCAACAAAAGGAAAAUAUUCAUACUAGGUUCCCAAACACUAUCCAAAGAAUGCCUGAAUGAUCAGUUGGACUCUCCAGGGGGGAGCAAAACCCUGGGGUAUUUUGUAGAGGACGGACAAGUAUUUAACAGCACUCUGAUCUUACCUCAUGCCUAUAGUUCCAUCACACAGUGUGUAUUUGUGAUCUCACUGAACAGUGUGUCGAAAUCAACUGGUGGCAGCGACCAGUAA